AGGGGGCCAAAGGGGGGAGAUUGUAUUUGAACAUGGGGGGUUGGGGUGACGGUGUUUCCAAGGCAUAUCAAUGGUUACAGAUUAACGUGUGUGUGUGUGUUUGAGUACUGUAUUUGUGAAAGAAAGGGUAAUCUCUGUUAACCCAGAAGUACAAUCUUUGGUCAGCUGCAUGAUUAACUGUGUUCAUAUGUGUUCUUACAAAAACAAAGUUUCCACCCUCGCUAAAGGAAACUACUUUGGGUACAUGCGCGAAGAACUCGAGGUGAAGCACCGCCUUCGGCCGAUCCAGAUAUAUCAAAAUAACCAGUGACAAAAACCAGAACUAAGGCUGUUCGUUAUCUCUCGCAUAUCAUUUAGUCCCGGCAGAUUCUUCGGUCUACACACAGAAUCUGCCCAGGGGAGAUUAGAGAAAGGGAGAAUGAUUGUAUUUGUGACGUAUUGUCUGUGUGUGUUAUUGUGGAUGUGUGUAUUUGUGGAUGUGUUUGUGCAUCCAUGUGUGUAAUAGAGAGGAUGUGUUUGUGAGUUAUUGUGGAUGGAUGCUCAGCACGUGCUUCUACACACCCAUCUCUCAGAGACCCAUUAUUUUCCGAUCAGGUCCAACGACACACCUCCCAAUUCCAAGGCCGCAGAAGAGCUGGAAUGUUUACCGCAGCGUCCAGAUCAAACCGCGCAGUGAUCAGAAUGCAUUAUAAGCUUCCCCUCUCCCAAUUAUAACCUUAACCAUUAGUGGAGGAAAUGCAAAACUGACCCAAUAUCAGUGUCUACUAGGGGCAACAUCACCCUACUCCAGAUUAUAAAUCACAUAGGUUGCGUUUACACAGGCAGCCCACAUUCUGAUCUUUUUUCACUAAUUGGUCUUUUGAGGAAGCUCAUCUGCUUUCUGUUGGUGUCGCGUUGAGGAAGCGCCACUCCUGCCCUCCCACCUUUUCCCGUAAGAGCCAUUACAGUUAUAGUUCCACAACCUUGAGGAUGUCAUCAGCGUUUUAGUUAUUGCUGUUAAACGGUGGAGAGUGGAACAACAAAUGUUUUCCUCAGGUGCGACAGUAUGGACGAGUGUAAAGCAAACAAAGGUGUAAGUUUGGUGAAGCUGUUGUCAUAAAGGGAGGCCAUCUUGUCUGUGAGGAAUAAUAUAUAAUAAUAUAAUAUAUGCCAUUUGGCAGACAUUUUUAUCCAAAGUGACUUACAGUCAUGUGUGGAUGCAUUUUGAGUUGUGGCCCCAGCGGAAUUGGACCCAGCGCCACACGACCACCAUAAGUAAUUCUACAUCAGAGGAGGCUGGUGAGGGGAGCACGGCUCAUUUUAAUGAAUGGAGUGAAUGGAAUGGAAUCAGACACAUGGAAACCAGGUGUUUGAUGUGUUUGAGACCAUUCCAUUAACUCCGUUCCAGCCAUUACUAUGAGCCUGUCCUUCCCAUUUAAAGUGUCUCCAGCCAUGACUGAUCUACAUCAAGGAUAUUCAAAUAUAAGCCUGAAGGUCUGGAGCACUGCUGUUUUUCUUCCUCCCAUGGAAGUGAAUUGAUUAAGGUCGCACUGAUUGGGCAGAGAUUCUACUCACCCUGGUCGUGCUCAGUAGUACCUUUUGCAAAGUAACGUGAAAGUCUUCUUAUUGACCAUUGACCAGCGUUUUCUUCAUAUGUGUGUUUGCAUGGACUCUUUUAGAAUAACAAUGGGAGGACCAUAUACGUUGUAGAUUCUAUUCUAUUUACAGUUGACGUAACCACAUAUGGUUAAGUGAUGGGGAGAAAGGAAUUACUGUAUCUUACAGUGACUUGAUGAUGCUUGUAUCUGGCCUACCUCUAGCCAUCCCUCUCAGGUCGCUGUGUCCUGCUUCAGGGUAUAGCACCACCACAUCACUGCUGGUGUUAGGUUCACAGUAGUGAUACUAAGUCUUCAUUUGUCACUUCAGCAGUCCAACCCGGGUUCUGUACCACUGUAACGUUCAAGGCCUGUACUAAAGAGAAAUGUGUUUGUGUAACACCAGAGAAUCUCAGCAGUUGUCUGUGUAUUGUGGCGUUGCUGGGAGAAGGGUGCACCUCUCUUUCCUUGGGGGUUAGGUCGGGUUUGGGUUGGGCUCCUCCGGUUAGUCACAGGGGACUCAGAUAGAAAGAUACAGGUCCUCAGGGGCUUCAUUCAAUCCUAUUGAUUUACACACAACCACACCCUUUUACUAGACUAUAAUACACACAAGCAACCGUUGAAGGGAACUGUCUAGCCUUAUCUACAUGGAUUCAUCCAGUAACAUUAACACCACUCGCCCAAAGGCGAAUGCGUUAUACAGGACUGUCUAACCUAUCACUCUCCUUGAUAUUGCUAUUCAAAUCCUCAGUGGAUUCGAACUACCAAAAUAGUCCAUUGGAGAAGAACUAUCAAUACAAGGUACAAUUCCUAGGUUUUUUUCUUGUGGACCACUUCGGAAAUUAGCGUUUUCGUUAAUGCUUUCUGGGAACAAAUACACAUCUCGUCGCUGUUAUUUUUAACGCCAAAACUAUUUUAUCACAAACCCAAAGUGUAAAAACAUUGCCCCACGCCUGUCUGUCCCUCUUUGAAAGCGAGCUAUGGGCAACUGACAGUACUAUGAUACUGGCAGGGGAACCCCCUACUUGUGAGUGAUUGACUGCAUCUCAAAUGGCACCCUAAUCCCUAUAUACAUGUUGGUAAUUUAGCAGACACUAUUCUCCAUCGUAACUUACAUUAGUGCAGGUGUGUCAAACAGUUUCUUCUGUCCAGCUCGCUAAUAACCACUAUGCACAGUCAAUGGACCUACAUUCAUAAAGUUGAUUGAAAUCACUCGACAGUCAGGGAGCAUAAAACAUUCCAUAAAUGAUGGAAAGAGGAAAAUAUUUUAGCAAAUUUUGACAGCAAAGAAAUAAAGCACAUUUUCCCUCUGGAACUCAUUGAAGACCGAAUUUAGUUAAAUUAGUUAAACACCCCUGCAUUAGUGCAUUCAUCUUAAGAUAGCAAGUACAUUUUCCGUCAACAAAGUAGUUAUCAGUGCUAGUAGGAAAAUAUAAGUACCUGCACUACUUUUUACCAAAGCCCAUAGGGCUAUCUAGGGAAUAGGGUGCCCUGGUCAUAAGUAGUGCACUAUGUAGGGAUAGGAUGCCAUUUGGAACACAUCCCUAGUGUGUGAGGUUUAGCGACGGUCUGCAUUAUCUGUCGAAUGGCGGCGGAACUAUCAGAUUAUCCUUUCCCUUUCUGUGGCGCUUAUCUAAUCUCACCCCGCUGAGAUUAAUGGACCCUGUAAUCUCUCCACCGGCCACACCUGCUAUGUGUGUGUCACCUCAGGUGUCUGUGUGUCCGUGUGUGUGUUGCUCAGGUACGAGCGUGUGUGUACAUCAGAGGGCGGAAGGGAAGUGUGUGUUUUCAACUGGCAGUCGAUUGUUUUCAAUGUAGCCUAUCCAGUGUGUGUUGGUUAGUGUGUGUGUGCGCGCGCGUGUUUUUCGGGUGUUUGUUUGUAAUGGUAAAUAAGAGGUUGGUCAGGUGUGUGUAUGGCUGUGAAGUUUGCAAUGUGUAAAUAGUAGUCGUGUACGCUAGGUAUGUAGUCAUUUAUAAUAUGUGUUUGUGUUCCAGGUGUGUGUUUGUCUUCCAAUUAGGAAUGUAUGUUCCAGUCUGUGUGUGUGUCUGUGUGUGCUUGCACACUUCCGUCCAUUCACCACGUUGUGAGGUGAGCUUCAGCCGGCAGUCUUCCCGAGUCAAUCCACUUCGCUCCCUCUGUCCCGUCUCUAGGUGAACUCGUCUGCAGGUUGCUAGGGCGGAGCUGAGGCACUGCGGGACCAGUUCUAUAUUUAGCCGCGCAUCGGCAGCCGAAGGGGCCAAGCAUCAGGGGAGUUUGAGUCACCCGAUGCUUGACUGCAGUAAGACCCCGGCAUCAACACAUGCUUCUGGACCUGAGUGAUCUCCUACAGGUGAACGUGUACAUCCUAGGGAAGACCUUCCUCCUGCUGGCUCGAGAGCUCUGCAUCAACUCCCCAGCAAUAGACCCUUGCCUGUACAUCCCUCGUUUCGCCCACAUGCUGGAAUUUGGGGAGAAGACCCAUGAGGUGUCCAUGACUGCACUGCGCCUACUACAGAGGAUGAAGAGGGACUGGAUGCACACGGGACGCAGGCCCUCUGGGCUGUGUGGGGCAGCGCUGCUGGUGGCUGCCCGGAUGCACGAGUUCCGCCGCACCGUCAAGGACGUGAUCGGAGUGGUGAAAGUGUGCGAGGCCACACUGAGGAAAAGAUUGACAGAGUUCGAGGACACUCCCACCAGUCAGCUGACCAUCGAUGAGUUCAUGCGGGUGGAUCUGGAGCAGGAGUGUGACCCACCCUCUUUCACUGCUGGACAGAGGAAGGUCAAGAUGCAGGCGCUUGAACAAGAGUUAGCCAAAAAGCUGGAUGAAGUUCAAGGUGAAAUCAGUUUGUAUCGAGACGAGAUCGAGACGGAGCUGGAAAACAGCAGGCCAAAGCUCAGAGGGAUCUACGCUGCCUAUGCCAAAGAAAUAGACCCGCUGGACGAGGUGCUUUCUCAGGCCUCGUGCUCCAGCCCCAGGGAGGUGGACCCCGAGGAGGACGAGGAGCUGGAGGCAGUCGCCCAACACCUGAACCAGGACUUCCUCUGCCAGGUCAUCCAGGGGGAACAGCAAGGGGACGAAAGAGGGGAAGAAGGAGUGACAGAGGAGGCACCCCCUCCACAUCCACCACCCAGAGGAGGGCCCUCCCUAGCUUCCAUCCUGGGUCCCUUGCCUAGCGCGGCUAGCCUGGGGCUCAGUGAGUCCAUCCAUGAGUGCAUUGCAGAGGACAAGGACAGUGAUGGCAAGUCGGAGAGCGGGGAAUUGGACCUGGACGGCAUCGACGAUAAUGAAAUUGAGAGGUAUAUCCUCAACGACAAAGAAGUGAGAGUUAAGACGGCUCUGUGGAUGAAGCAGAAUGAGGAAUAUCUGAGGGAGCAGAAAGAAAAGGAGGAGAGGAUAACUAAAGAGAAAGAGCAAGGGACCUACAAGGAAAAGCCCAAGAAAACGUCCAAGAAGCGGGAGCCCAUCCGUGCCAGUACGGCGGGCGAGGCCAUCGAGAAGAUGCUGGAGCAGAAGAAGAUCUCCAGCAAGAUCAACUACGACGUGCUGCGUGACCUUAACAGCAAGGGUGGCAGCGGCAACAGCAGCCCUGCCCAGCCAACCUCCACGGAAGAGCCACCUAGUGGCCCCCCUGGGCGGAAGAGGCUGACCCGCCGCAAGAAGCAGCCCAACAAGACCAAUAUGGGCCUGGCCACCACCAUCAUGGGCAAGAGACUCCGUCCACUUAUAUCCUCUGCAACCAAGAAGAAGAGAGCCGCUUCACAGGUGACCCCUAACCUGACCCCGGCUGCAACCGCUGUUCUGCCCAACUUGUCCAGCCCGCCUACCCCCAACUCGGCCCCUCCAGGACCCACUAUGGUGGAGAGUGGCCCGGUGGCCUAUGACGAAGUGGCAGAGGAUGAUGAGGAGGAAGAAGUGGAGGAGCCCUGUGUCAGUGCGUUGCAGCUCCUGGGAGGAAACGAGUACGGCUGUGAGGCUGAAGAGGAAGAGAUUUUCUAGGCUCGAUUUUUCCUCUUCUUUCAUCAAAUACUGCGGAUUCUCCAAAAUAGUUGUCUCACCAUUGACCUCUUUGAGCGGGGGACAGUCGCCAGAGGAAGGGAGGAGAGGAAAAGGACAUCCACUGUUCAGAUAAACUGCUAAGGUGAACAUGGAGUGUGGCUGGGUGUGGGUAGAGCUACGGGGUAUGCAAGAUUUUAUUCCAGCCUUGCUCAAACACACCUGAUUCAGCCAAUCAAUGUCAUGAUCAGGAAUUGGUUAGUAGAAUCAGGUGUGUUCCUGCACAACCAGUCGCUCUCUAUGAGGAGGGUUGGCCAUCCCCGGUCUUCUAGAAAGACAGGGGUACCAUUUUGGGGUUGGGAACUCUGGAGUGCAUUAGCAAAAGAUACAUAUAUACGCGAAGCAGUGAAGUUAAAGCAGUGCAGGGUAUAUGCAGAUUGCAAGUGACUGGCUUCAGUGAAUGGCUUCACAUUAUCUUCAAUGGCUACAAUGUGGUUAUACCUCUUUAGCCAUCUUGAAGCGUAGGGUGAAAUUUCCUCUAGAUGCUGAUCUUGAAUCAGUUUUGCCAGUAAUGAAGGUUAGAAUUUGGGGGGGGACGCUGAUCCUGUGCUUUAGUUUGGAAAAAUAUUUUUCACAAAUAUCCACAAUCCUCGGUCACCUACUUUUCUAUUGUUACAGAGUUCACACUGACCCGUCUGUCCACUCAAUGAGCAGUCGGCGAGAACAGCUAGGUCGUGCCAGUUCACUGGUACUGCAAUGGGCCUUUUGUCAUUGCCGCAUUGCAUUAUGCUCUGUAGAGAGGGCCUGCGUCCCAAAUAGCAUCCUAUUAUUCCCUACAUAAUGCACUAUGGUCAAAAGUAGUGCACUAUAUAGGGAAUGCCAUUUGGGAAACGGUCAGGGAAAGGGCAUACCGGAGUGUAUCCACUCAACCUUGCUCGCCUUUCGUAGCGGUGCUAUAAUUGUCAAAACGGGACGUUGGCUUCAGCUGGCAGGGCUAUUCAAUGCAUCUAUGGGCACUGAGUAGCACAAUGGGCACAAAAUGCCCAUCACCAUUCUCUCAAUAAAUACCCGAGUUGGUCAGUCCCUUUUCAAUUCCAGUCAUUGAAAUUAACAUUUGGACGUAUUUAUCUUGUUGUUUAUUACCGACUGUCAUGUGGUUGAAAGGGAAUUGAUACUGUGCUUACGUCCAUCCUUGUUUACCCCCUGUCCUUUGAUCUCUGUAGAAUCUUCCUUUAUGAUCGUCAUCAAAUGAUGGUAUUCACAAAUGCAGUUUUUUAAAUAAUGAAAUUAACUGGCAUUCAUUUUGUAAAAUAUGUACCUAAUGCAAAACUCAGUGGGUGGUAUUUUGAAAAAGCAAAGAAGUGCUGCUGUUGUCAUAACAAACCGUAUCACUUCAAAUAAAUUGUGUGCAUCGUGUAUAAGCGCUGCUCGUUGCCGAUUUUUUUUCCCAGGUUGUUUUGAUAAUGAAAGAUUCAAAAAUAAAAUGCUGCUACGAUUAUUAGGAGUAAUACGGUCACUUUCCACACUAGCGGCACUUUUAUGCUUUGACAAAGUGAGGCCUGAUGUAUCCAUGAAACCUAGAAUAGUACAAGCACUCCAAGGCAGCUAUCUCUUGGUAGAGCUCUGUAUAUCAUUGUAAAAAGGAAGGAAAAAAAGAAAAGAAAGUUUACUGAAAUGCUUUUGUUUGUUUGUAGAAAUGUCAUUGUAUUUUAGCUAUUUUAUCUUGUGCAUACUUUUCAAAAGCAAAUAUGAAGAACUACAACUAUGUAUGAAUGUAAAUAUCAAUCCUUGUUGGGUAGUCUGUUUGUAUGUUUAUAUAUGUUGUUUCGCCUCAAAUGGCCAUUUCAGAUGAAAUAUUAGCCUGCUUUUGUGUUUUUGUACAUUUACUUACAGUAUGUUUUAUGACAAAAUUCUGUCAUUUUAUGAUUUUAUAUGAAUUCACUGGUAAACUGAAAAGGAUUGUAGAUCCUGGUGUUCUGUAUUUUGAUAUUCUACACGUCAACUCCACCAGCUUUUGAACAGAACAUUUCCUAACAGCAUUCCAAGUUAAUCUAGGCCUGGAUUCAAUCCAAGGUGUGUUAUAGCGCACAUCGCUAUACAUCCGACAAUGUGCCUUUUAAAGGCAUUUUCCUUGACGUUCGCAGAGAUAGCAUUCACAGUGCUUAUGGCAGCUCAAUCGUAAAUUACUGUUUAAAGUCGGUUACAGUGUACUGUGGUAUAGUGUACUGUGGUACACAAUAACGUUCCUUGCAUUGAAUCCCGGCCCUAGUUAAGGGACAAUAGUUCCUCACAACAACACAAUCACACACAUUCCAUUUUUAUCAGUGAAUAAACUCAUUUCAGUUA